AACAUGGCAAGGUUACACAUGAAAACUGCAGCCUGUUUUCUUCUUUCACACACACAGAAAGAGAGAAGUAGAGAGGAGAAGCUUCAGUUUUGCUCGUGUCUCUGCAAUAUCACAUUAACUGGCAAAUUAAAAACAGAACGGAGGAACUUAAUGCUAAGGAAGUGAGUACUUUCAUGACACACAGAGCCAGGAAAGACAGACAAAAGACAGAGAGACUAUGAGAACAAUAAAAUAAACACGGCGGCUACACAUUGGCAGAGUUUACAGGACCAGCUCUGACAUCAGUGAAGUGAGAGAGGAAGAGGGGUGCAACAUUGCUUUACGGAAACCGCUUGACAGUUUCAAACGCUGACACAGUUUGAAAAUAGGAAACAGACGCUUCAGAGAAACAGAAAGGGAAAGGGAUAAAACAAAGCCUAUUUAAACCAAACCAUGUUGAUGAAAGAAUACCGGAUAUGCAUGCCGCUCACUGUCGAUGAGUACAGAAUCGGCCAGUUAUACAUGAUCAGCAAGCACAGCAGUGAGCAGAGCGAAGGAGGCGAAGGGGUGGAGGUCGUCCGUAAUGAACCCUGCACAGACCCCAAACAUGGAGCCGGACAGAUCACAGAGAAACGCAUCUACCUCAACAGCAAACUGCCAGCGUGGAUAAGAAAGUUUGUUCCUAUGGUUUUUUAUAUCACAGAAACUGCCUGGAACUUCUACCCUUACACCGUAACAGAGUACACGUGUUCCUUCCUACCGAGGUUCCAUGUCAAGAUUGAGACGCGCUUUGAGAAUGACAACGGUUGCAAUGAGAAUGUGUUCAGUGACGACCCCACUCAAAAGGACAGCGUCUGCUUUUUGGAUAUUUUGAGCGAUCCGAUCCCUGACAAGCAUUAUAAGAAAUCGGAGGAUCUGAGCAACUGGGUGUCAGAGAAAACAGGCCGGGGACCCCUAGUGGAUGGCUGGAGAAACACCACCAAACCCAUCAUGUGCUCUUACAAGAGAGUCACCUGUAGCUUUGAAGUCUAUGGCUUCCAGGGACGAACGGAGGACUUCAUUCACAGGAACAUUCGUGACAUUCUCUUGGUGGGACACAGACAGGCCGUGGCAUGGAUUGACGAGUGGCAUGGCAUGACACUCGAGGAGGUGAGAGAGUACGAGAGAAAACAGCAGGAGGAAACCAACAGCAAACUCAAGAGUGACAUUACCUGCACAGACUCUGCUCCUCCAGUGCGACCCAGCUUCACACGCUCCAUCUCUGUUACGGAUGAAUCGUCACUGAAAAAGAUGGGGGUAAAGACUGUAGACAUUCCCAGCUCUCCAUCCUGCCCGUCCUCUCUCAAAAAUCCCCUGAGAUUAAACUCUACCCCGGAAUAACAUCCAUCCUCCAUCCUCACACCGCAACGACCACUGCCAGUACCAACACUUUAGGAAAAAUCUGGACUUUCUCUUCUAACCAAAACAAGACAUUCCACAUUGUCAUUCUCUGCUCUUCAUUCCAACUGGACUUGUAGUGUUGCAGAGAUUGGCAUUUGACAAAAACAUCUUGAACAACUGAAGAAAUGUACAUAUUACAUAAAAGACUCUGGCUCCUCAUGAAGUGAAACCACAGUGCCUUAAUUCCCGUUUCUCACAGACUUCACCAAAAUGGAUUGAACAAACGGUCUAUAAACAUGAAGGACAGACACACAUGAACACAAAUGCAAAGCCUCUAUUGACAUAAUCAGUAGACUGUUUCAGCGAAACCCGAUCACAUGGAUUAUGGUGAUCGUGAGUGACUAGCUGAAAUUUCUAGUGGGUUGCGGGUUAUUGAGACUAACCUUUGACCCAGUGUCAAUACAUUGAUGGAAUGUAAUUGAUUGUUUAGUCGUGCAGCACAUAGCAAAAACAUUAUCAAUAGUACUCUGGGUGAUAAGACUAAAGGCUACAAGGGACUACGCAUUAUGCGUUAUUUGACACUGAUAUAACACCUUACUUGUAACAGUGCAAAACCAUAAGCUUAUAUCAAUUAAUAAGCCAACGUUGUUAUGUCAAGCCGCUCAAACAAACUGUUGAAAGUGCCAUGUCAUCACAUAUUUUUUUAUAAUAAACUUAAGGGAUGCAUGAUGCUCUAGUUCUA